GUGCGUCAUUUCCUCCAGCCCGGAGCGCCUCCUCCCCGCCUCCCUCCUGCGAGCGUCUCCCACCCAGGCCUCCGGCCCGCCGCUGAGGGUCCUUGGGGGGCGGGGAGCGGGUCUGAUGAGUAACCCCUCCCCCCGGGCCCCAGAGGACGGAGCCUCCACGUCUGUCUGUCGGUCCCAGAGUUCCAUGGCCUCUGCUUCCCGCCGGCAACGCCGAGAGCGCCGCUUCCGGCGCUACUUGUCUGCAGGACGGCUGGUGCGCGCCCAGGCUCUCCUCCAACGACAUCCCGGCCUGGACGUGGACGCUGGCCAGCCCCCACCUCUCCACCGGGCCUGUGCCCGCCACGAUGCCCCUGCCCUGUGCCUGCUGCUGCGUCUCGGGGCCGACCCUGCCCACCAGGACCGCCACGGUGACACGGCGCUGCACGCUGCUGCCCGCCAGGGCCCCGACGCUUACACGGACUUCUUCCUGCCGCUGCUGAGCCGCUGCCCCUCCGCCAUGGGGAUAAAGAACAAGGAUGGGGAGACCCCUGGGCAGAUUCUGGGCUGGGGCCCCCCCUGGGACUCCGCCGACGAGGACGAGGACGAGGAGGAGGACGAGGCGCUCUCCCGGGAGCGGGAAUGGCGUUGCAAGCUGCAGGGCGAGUGGCAGGACGAGUGGCAGGAGGUCCUCGGGAGGUUCGAAGAUGACGCCUCCCGCGACACGCAGGAGCCCGAGUCCUUCUCGGCCUGGUCCGACCGCCUGGCCCGAGAGCACGCGCAGAAGCGGCGGCAGCAGCUGCAGGGCCCCUGCCGACCCCCACGGGCUGAGGGCCCCAGCCACAGCCGGCGACAGCCAGAGGAGGAGCGGCGGCUCUUCCGGGAGCGAGCCCGCACCAAGGAGGAGGAACUGCGGGAGAGCCGCGCCAGGAGGGCCCGAGAGGCCUCGGCGGACAGAUGCCCGGGGCCUCCCAGGGCAGCGCCCCGGGCAGAGCACAUGCGAGGCCCGGGCAGGGGCAGCCUCUGGCGCUUCGGGGACGUGCCCUGGCCCUGCCCCGGUGGAGGGGACCCAGAGGCCAUGGCUGCGGCCCUGGUGGCCAGGGGCCCCCCUCUGGAGGAACAGGGGGCUCUGAGGAGGUACUUGAGAGCCCAGCAGAUCCGCUGGCACCCCGACCGCUUCCUGCAGCGGUUCCGAAGCCAGAUCGAGACCCGGGAGCUGGGCCGUGUGAUGGGAGCUGUGACAGCCCUCUCCCAGGCCCUGAACCGCCGCGCAGAGGCCCUCAAGUGACCCUCGGGCAGGCGCGGGGCCUGUGGGGAUGCAGCCUGGAGGACAGACGGGAGGAAGCGUGGAUGGAGAUGGAGAGAGGAUAUGGGCGGCCAACGCAAUGGGUGCGGGGGUGGGGGGUGGCACUGCCACUGCGCUGCGCGCCGCCGUUUCCUAAUAAGACCUGGUCCUCACUCCA